AUGAGUAUUGAAUUAAGCAAUUUACGAAUAUUAACAAAUAGUCGUCGACCAGCAGGAAAAAGUAUAUUAAGAAAAUCAAAUAUUUUUCGUGAUUAUAUUCAACAAAAGUGUAUAAAUCAAAACAAUGAUCGAUCACUUACUAUUAAUAACAAUAAACGAAAAGUAUUUUUUACACACGUUGACUCGUAUAAUUUUGAUCCAUACGCCAUUUUACCAUAUAGUAUAAUUGGACUACCACAACGACAAAAAUUUUAUACAAAUAAGAGUAGUCAUAUACAAUGUUUAUGUCAUCAUCAUACAUCAAAUGUUUCAGUAUUGAACAAUAAUAGUUUCACUCAAGUAAAAUUAAAACGUCAUUUUAAAAAGUUUAAUGUUAAAAGAAGAACAACUUUAUAA